AUGCGUUUUACAUCUGUAGUCUCCGCCAUAGUGUCUGCCUCGGCAGCCUCUGCUGCUCUGCUCUCCGAGUACAACACGCAGUCUCUCUUCAACCCCAACGAGCUCCGUCUCAUCGAGACCGCCACCGGUGCCCAGCAGUGGAUCACCGAGGCCGAUAAGCUCCAGAUGAAGCGCGCCGGAAAGCGAUUCAUGGACAUCACCGAGCUUGCUUCCAGCGACGAGGCCGUUCCCGCCGUGACCAUCAACGUCACCUAUCCCGCCGAGGUCCAGUACUUUGACCAGGCCUCGCCCAUGCUCGCCAACAUCAGCAUCGACAACAUGAAGGUCAACCUCGAGAACUUCACCUCGUUCUACACCAGAUACUACAAGUCGCCCACCGGCGCGGACUCGUCGCAGUGGCUCUUCGAUACCGUCAAGGCCGUCGCUGCUGUCAACCCCAGCAUCAAGGUCUUCCCCUUCCACCACGCCUGGCCCCAGACUUCCCUCAUCGCUCGCAUCCCUGGUCUUAAGGCUGGUACUGCCGAGGACCGCACCGUCGUUGUCGGUGCCCACCAGGACUCGAUCAACCUCAUCUUCCCCUCGUUCUUCGGUGCCCCCGGUGCUGACGAUGACGGAUCCGGAACCGUCACCAUCCUCGAGACCUUCCGCACCCUGGUCAGCAACGGCUUCACCCCCAACAACACCGUCGAGUUCCACUGGUACUCUGCCGAGGAAGGCGGUCUUCUGGGCUCGCAGGCCAUCUUUGCUGAGUACGCCAAGCGCAAGAUCCAGGUCGCUGCCAUGCUCCAGCAGGACAUGACCGGAUACGUCAAGAAGACGCUCGACAACGGUCUGCCCGAGUCGCUCGGCGUCAUCACCGACUUUGUCCACCCGGGUCUCACCGAGUUCAUCAAGAAGGUCGUCUCGUCCUACAGCAAGAUCCCCUACGUCGAGACCGAGUGCGGCUACGCCUGCUCCGACCACGCCUCCGCCGCGAAGGUCGGAUACCCGUCCGCGUUCGUGAUCGAGUCGUCGUUCAAGGACUCGAACCCGUUCAUCCACUCCACUCGGGAUACCAUCGACAGACUCUCGUUCGAGCACAUGGCCGAGCACGCCAAGCUUACCCUGGGAUUCGUCUACGAGCUCGGCAACGCUGAUUUGACUGAGUAA